AAUGGCGGCUCACUACAUGUGAAGAGGACAAACCGGGAACCGGCUUUAUGCACUAAAAACAUGUUUAAAACACCAUGUGGCCGGCUGACAGGUCUGGUUGGUGCCAGUGUGAACCAGAAAUUGGUUAGAAAUGUCUCAAGGAGUCCCCAAAGUGUUUGCGGCCUUAUUAAGCUCUAUCGAAGGGAUCCAUCAACUUGGGUCACUUAUCAGCAUCUUAAUUUUUUGAAACGCCAGUAUGUCUCAAAAAUUAAUAGUGAUCUUCAGCAACGAGCCAUCCCUAAACGGUCACCUGUCCUGACCAUUGUGGAUGAGCGGGAUGACAGUGUUGAUAGGCAGGUGCAGCAUGUACCAGCUAUUGAUCCUGUUGUGGCAGAACGCAUGCCACAGCCAGAAGAGGCUACAAGGGAAGCACUGGCACAGCCUUCAAUAUCCAUCCUACCCACUACAGCAAAGAAUGUAGCACAGAGAAUAUCUUUGUCCAAUGAGAUGACCUCUGAUGAGACUCCCCAUGUGCAGGUGGAGACCGAUGAGGCCAAAGAGGCCCGUCUAGACAGGCAAUGGAAGGAGCUAAAAGUUGAUCCAAAUGAUCUAUUAGACGUCUAUGCCAGACUUGCCAAAAUCAAGCUCACAGCACUUGUGGUUGUAACUGCAGCAGCUGGCUAUGCAAUGGCUCCAGUGCCCUUUGACCCAGCCAUCUUCUUUCUGUCUUGUCUCGGAACAGGGUUAGCAUCAUGUACUGCUAAUUCAAUUAACCAGUACUUUGAGGUGCCCUUUGACGCCAAUAUGAACCGCACAAAGAACCGCCCGCUGGUCAGAGGACAGAUCAGCCCUCUCCAUGCAGUGUCCUUUGCUUUGGCCUGUGGAGUUCCUGGGGUCACCCUGCUCACGCUGGCAGUCAACCCCUUGACAGGCUUCCUGGGGGUCCUCAACAUUUUCCUCUACACUUGCUGCUAUACGCCUCUGAAGAGGCUCAGCAUCAGUAACACAUGGGUGGGAGCUGUGGUGGGUGCCAUCCCCCCCGUCAUGGGCUGGACAGCUGCCACAGGCACUCUGGACCUAGGUGCUUUGCUGCUGGGGUGUUUCCUGUACAGUUGGCAGUUCCCCCACUUCAAUGCCCUGAGCUGGAACCUGAGGGAGGAUUACUCCCGGGGGGGCUACCGCAUGAUGUCCGUCACCCACCCAGGCAUGUGCAAGAGGGUGGCUCUCCGGCAUAGCCUGGGCCUGAUCGGCCUGACAACCCUGGCACCCGUUUUGGAUGUUACUACCUGGACCUUCCCCCUGGUCUCCCUGCCUAUCAACCUGUACAUCAGCUACCUAGCGUUCCGCUUCUACCAUGAGGGCAACCGCAGUUCGGCCCGCAAGCUCUUCUUCUGCAGCCUGUGGCACCUGCCCAUGCUUCUGCUUUUGGCACUCACUUGCAAGAAACCCCGCAAAGAGGCAGAGGGUUCAGCCCUACCCCCAGCUACCGUGCCUCUUACUCUGCAGAGCUAACACAAUCUAUAGAUGACCCGACACCUUUGAGUCCCCCCCACCCACCCUCAUUUUAAUAAAGAUGCUCCCUGUUUCUCCUUACAACUAGAGGAAGGUACAGAGAAUGGACACUUUUAUCAGUUUUGUUGAAUCUGAAUCUAUGGUGCUCAUUGCAGAUCAGGGGGCAUAUUGAAAAUGGCAGACUGAAAAUAUUUGAUCAACAGAAAACACAAUUGCUAAACCCCUGAGUUGCAUCAGGUUGUAAUCAUUUCACAGUGUGUAUACUGUAUAUUGUAUAUUUAUUUAUAUAGGUGCCCACUGAUCCCCCUCCAUGUUGUACACGACUGAUGUUUAAAAACAUUGUACAGUGUAAAUUAUUCCUAUGGCUCCACACUGGGGCCACAAUCUGAAAGCAAAUCUAAUGCAUUGUAUAAAUGCAAAUUGAAAGAAUGGAAGGAACAAGGAAAAUUAGAUUGAAAUGUAAUGAAAAGACUACCACAUGUUGAUUCAAGCUUUGUCAGUGUGAAAUUGCAAUAAAUAGGAAAGAAUCCUAAAACAGAUUAGUCAUUCAAAUUGACUAUGAAAUUGCACGACUUAACUGUACCUCGAAGGCUUUGUGGCAUUUUGCCGUUCAGCAAACUUAAUUCUGCUACAUAAUGUUUUAUUUCAAUACGGUUCACCUGCACCGAAACAUGAGAAUAAUUAUCCUAUGUAAAAAUUAAAAGAUUUUGACAAUAAAAAUGUCUCAUGAUUAUACUGUUA